ACACAGUAUUUUAUGAUUUUAGGGAACGGACAAAAUUGCAGUUGAUGGGUACAUCAGAAAGGAGGAGUUACUGACAUGUGUUGUAAGAUACCAGAGAGCCAUAAACUAUAAAAGGCUUCUCUGCUACUCUUUACAGUUAAGCUAAUGAUAAUCUUGGCUGAGUUUUGUGACCAUAGUGAGCAAGUAAAGCAUGAUGCAAAUCUUAAAGUUGUUAGCUGUUUUGGUCUAUGUGUUGGGAAUGACUUGGGCUGCAGAUUGGUGCUAUAAAUCUCAAGUCUCCCAUAAUAUUUGCAAAGGACCAGACGAAUGGAAGGACAUAGUACCAACCUGUGGCAGUAAAAACCAGUCACCUGUUAACAUUGAAACAAAAAGGGUCGUUAUUAACAACCUUACCCCAUUUAGUUUUCAAGGUUACCAACAUACUUUUCAUAGUGUAAUCACAAAUAAUGGUCACACAGUCAAGGUGAACGUGUCAGAUGAAGCUGUGAUUAGUAAUGCAGGACUUGUAGGGAAUUACAAAGCAGUGGAAGUGCAUUUUCACUGGGGGAAAAAUGGUGGGCCAGGAUCAGAGCACACUAUUGAUGAAGAGCAGUACCCUAUGGAGAUGCAUAUUGUUCACAUAAAGGACAAGUACAACUCUGUUCAAGAGGCUACUAAAGACCCAAAUGGACUAGCAGUACUUGGAUUUUUGUACCAGGAAUCAGACACUGAAGACAAGAAAUAUGGGUCCAUUAUAAAUGCGCUGAAUAUCAUAAAAUUCCCAGGCAACCAAACCCAAUUAGAUUCUCUGAGUUUGGCCAUGCUUAUUCCUCCCCUUCAUAAUCUGACUCGCUACUUCCGCUAUAAAGGCUCUCUGACGACACCUGACUGUGCAGAGGUUGUCAUUUGGACUGUAUUUGAAAACACAAUUAAACUUAGCAAGGAGCAACUGAAGACAUUCUCUAGUGUCUGGUUUAAAAAUGGGACUGCCUUGACUGAAACAUUUCGCCCGGUGCAGCCACUCAAUGAUCGAGUAAUCUUUUAUUCUGGUAGUCAUGUUGCAUCUGUCAGUACAGCACUGGUUAUUAGUAUGUUAAUCAUUACAUUUUAUACUGUUUAGAAAAUAAGGGAUAUGAAGUCUAUCAGUGAUUAGUAUUAUUGUCACUGUUUGGAGAAUUUGAAUGUUUUUUAUUUAAACAACUAUAGUUUUGUUACAGUAAACAAUAUGCAGAUAUGUUUUUUAAUCACGUGUUCAUGACAAAUUUGUAGUGUCUUUAAUAAAGAUAGAACAUAUGGCUACAUGUACACAGACAGACUACAUGUUACAGCUAAAACAAAAUGAUGAAAUAAAAUGUUUUAAUGAC